AUGAAAAACGCGACGCACACGCAUCGCGACUCGGUCGGUAAUUUCAAAACUUUUCGUUGCGGACCUUACGCCUUGCACCCCUGUGCAAAAGCAGCCGUGAGUGCAUCCGAUGCGACGGAGAAGAUGGAUUGUGAAGAGAUUCUCAAUGUGACUGAUGAUACGGCGAUGAUGGUUGCCGAAAGCACUGCGCCCACGACAAUUGACGGUCCACGCGUUGCAAUGUCACGUUCCAAGUGA